AUGGGCACAGCGCCUGGCGACGGCAGCAGGAAUGCGCAGGGUAGUAGCGGCGGCGGUGGGGUUAUUAGUGGCAGCGCCAAGGCAAAUGGCGGGGCGCCCGCGGCUUCGACGAGUUCCGCAUCGCCACCGCCGCCGCCGCCGCCGCCCCCUUCAUCCUCGGCAUCGCCCCCAACCGCCACAGCGGCAACGGCAACAACAACGACGGAGGUGUCGGUGUCCUCGCCGUCGCGUCGGCUUGCCCUCUUCGGCAGCCGUGCGCUCGCCGCCGGAAGCAAAGGGCGUGCACCGGCGCCUGCGUCCUCCGUGCCUGCGCAGCAGCAGCAGGGGUUGACGACGUUUGGUGCGCGGCGCGGCGACCUCGCGGCGCACAUCCGUCAGCGCAGUGAGUUGUCCUCGCAGGGAAAGUACCUCGUCGUCGGAGACGGCAUGAUGGCGCCGUUCAUGGCGCUUUGCCUGCGCGUCCACGGCCUGGACUGCGACCUCGCCCACCACGUGAGCGGCAACGACAUGGACCGCGGCACCAUCGUCCUCACGCCCUCCGUCACGCAGGUGAUGGGCGACGUGCUGAACGUCUCCGUCCCGAGCGGGAGCGUCGUUGGCCGCAUUUUGACCUUCGACCACGUCGGAAAUGACAUGUGCGACGUGGAUUUGAACGAGUUCCGUGAGAAGGGCGAGAGCCCGACUUUUUUCUGCUGCGAUCGGCUCAAGCUGGAGCGGGCGCUGCUGUCGCUCUGCGAGGUCGGCUCCCACAGCUGCCACGUGCUUCCCAAGCCGCACGUCGACAGGGGCGGGCUUGAGCCGCUGGAGAACGGCGGGGUGCGGGUGCGGUUUGCGAGUGGCAUGCACCAGGACUACCUGGGCGUCAUCUGCACAAGCCGCAACCAGGAGCUGGUGCCGGAGCUCACGCUCACCAAUGAGGAGCUGCAGCAGCGGGCGGAGAACGCGGAGAAGUUCAAGGAGAGCCUCGCGAAGGCGGUGCGCUGGAUGGAGUUGUGCGUCCCCCCGCUGCCGGAGCUGGGACGGUUUGAGAAGCGCUUCACGCCGGGCUCGCAGGAGAUCGUUGAGCUGCUCACCCCCCGCGACGCCAAGAUGACGGUGCGUCCCACGAUGAUGGCGACGAAGCUCUUCUACAACGUCACCAUCACCAUCCCGGACGGCACCACAGACCCGCGGCUGAAGAGCACCAGCACGAAGCAGUUCUGGGACGACGUCGUCAUGCACUGGACCUCCGGGGUGCCGGGGUACAUUCCCCACACGAUGUUCCGCCCCAUGAUGACGCACAUGCAGCAGCACUUCACGAAGGGCGGCGCGCUGGUCUACCGCACCCCGCUAUUUCUCAUGCCGCACUGGUCAGAGGGCGGGGGGCGCGUCAUUAAGCUGGCGCACGCCGCUCACGGCUGCGCCUUUGACGCCAUUGACGUGGCCGACGCGCAGGGGUUUACAGACUGCUUCGGCCUCGCCCGCGCCGUGGCGGGGGGCGACGACGUGCAGCAGUUCCUUCGCGAGCGGCGGCUGCAGGUGAUGGAGGAGCUCGACUACCACGCCCUGCUGCUGAACUACGGCGUCAAGGAGCGAGGGCAGCUGGCGUACAUGUCGUCUCGCUUUGCCAUGAAGAUUAUGCGGCGGUACAAAAAGAGCUGGCGCAGCAUUUUGCAGAACUACGUCACGAUGAUGCCCAAGUUGGCGAAGUAG